CCCCCCGCCCCCUCCCUUCUUUGGCGAGGGAGCGAGAGGAUCGGAGGCGAUGGCGGCGCUGCGUGCGCUCGAGUGGAUCUUCGUCUUCUACUUCGCGUCGCACGUCCCCAUCACGCUGCUCUUCGACUCGCAGGCGCUGCUGCCCAAGGGCGCGAUCCCGUCGCUGCUGAGCGAUCCAAUGAAGUGGUAUAUUCAGAAAUUUAAGGACCCCCUGAUGGCCAAUCCACCAGCUUGGUUCUUCACCUUCAUCUACUGUGAGAUAUUCCUGCAACUCCCCUUCUUCCCCAUUGCCGCUUAUGCCUUCUACAAGGGCGGCCGCCGCUGGAUCCGCAUCCCGGCCCUCGUCUACGCGAGCCACGUGGCCACCUCGCUGCUGCCCAUCCUCUCGCACGUGCUUCUGCAGGAUUUCACGGUGCCCCCGGGCACCAAGGGCGUUGUGGGCCCCAGCAACGUGCACGAACGCCUCUCCCUGGCUGCCGUGUAUCUGCCCUACCUGCUCGUUCCACUGCUCAUCAUCGCCACCAUGUGCCUGAGCAGCACCUACGCCGGCCCGCCCGCCCCUGUCGCCUUAUCCGCCAAACAAAAGAAGAAGUGAUUUGGCUCGGCGUGAUGCGUGCGGACAGUGGCUUGUGACCUCACUAUCACAUUCGUACUUUGUGCGCAAAGAAAAAUCCUUGAAGCUCCUGGCCACCCCCCCCCCCCCCCCCCCCGUUUUGUAAUGUGUAACCCGCUAGCCAAAUUGCACGUUGAAAUUGUUUUCAUGUCAGCAUAAAAUGAGCAGUGUGUGAUACCGCCAUGGUGCAAUGGAUAAGCUCGCUGCAUUUGCAAUGCAGAAGUCGCCGGUACAAUCUCCCACCUUGGUUCACUCAGAUAUAUAAAUGGAUACGCCACAGUCGAUGGGCGGAUCGCGUAUGAAUUGAGUAAAGUGUAGGUUACCCCACCUCUUCCAAGACGCAUAUCUAGCGUGGAAGAGUUUGCAAACGUACCCUCGAGGUGGUUUCUCUAAAGCGCCCAUUAGUGGAGGCCCUUCUGCCAGCAGUGCCGUGAGCAAGCAAUUGCAGGAUUGCACCUUUACCUAGUUCGUGAACAAUAUGUACCCGGUGGUGAACAUGAACACGUCGUAUAAGCCAACAUGUAGACGGUGAGCGUAAGGCACGGGCUUAGAUGCAUUACCUCUCUAUGCAGCAAUGUGCUCGUCAUUACCACCAUCAACAUGCAGACUUGUCCCAAACUCAAUACCGAUAAAUGUCAGCUCAACUGCACCCAGUAAAUGUCUCAACUUGGGGGCUGAGUACAGUUUGGAGGCAAUGUUACAUAUCGCCGAAUUGUCAGACAAAAUAAAUUCCAAGCCCCAGUCGGUAGUGUAACUCAUCCUCCGCAAAGAGUUGUCCCCUCCGUCAAAAAGUUGCGAGAGGAGCACUCCACACGGUGGUGAUGGAGGUAAAACUGUCUCUCUUCGCCGUGGUUUGCAUGCUCCAACUUGGAAUGGCGCGCACCUUUCGCCGAUUGGCACAAUGCUGACAUUGAAACAUUUUCAAUUGUGUGAUCUGGCCAGUUGUUAAUGUUCUGUCAUGGAGAGCGGUGGUGGUGACAUCUAGAAUAUACAAGCUUUUACAAAGUAAAAAAAAAACACUUUGUAAAUUAGAAUGUGCAGAUGGUGUACUCUGACAUUUUAGCUGGAGGACAGAAUUACAAUCAGUACGAGAAUGCAACUCCAUAAGAGGUUUUUUUUUUUGGGUUGGAUCGCGUAAAUAUAUUAAUGUGUCGUUAAAAUCCGCCACCACCCAACACAGACAACUAUUAAGGGUUGUCACGUAAACAGAACGUGGCCAAUUCUUCACUGGUUCAGCACUAACCGGUGUGUUGGAGAGCCAAGCCACUACAUUUACAAUCCGAGUACGACGUUUCGCCAGUAAUUAAAACCAGCUUCAUCAGGCGACAGCCAGAUUUGUGGAGAAGUCCACCAGUUUCGUUCCUUAAAUAGAGGCGUAGAUGUGUGAACACAACUGCAACUGAUGGUAAAAAUGUGGACAAAAAUAAUGAUGAAAUCGAAUCGCAAUGUCCUGGUCACUAUUCUCUCCACCUGAAGAAUCUCGCAUGUGUUGCGAUCGAAACGUCGUUGGCUUUUUGCUUUUAAUUUUUGUUUUCUAUCUACGUGACUUUACCGAAAGAACCAAGAAUAUGGGGGGAGGGAGUUCAAUGUCUUGUUGUUGUUGUUGUAGGACACUUAGGUUGAACCAUUUGCAAAAUAAGCGUUGCCGCAUUAAUGUUGGUUUGGAAUCUUUAUAAACAUCAAGCUUACGGGAACAUGCUAUGGAUGCUUUUCCCGACAAAGUAACGUGGGCCCAAUGAUAUAAUUAUCUUUUUGUGAUUAUUUUUCAUGUGAGUUAAUUUUAUUUCCUUAUAAUUGCUAAUUUUCUUUAUAAAAUAAAAAAAAUGUGAUCGA